AAAAUGCUAUACAAAAUAAAAAAAAAAGAAAGCCACUAUAACGCUACAUGAACCCAUUAACUUUCUUUAGCUUAUCCAAACCCUUAUUGUAAAAUAAAUAUCCUUCUAUAAAAAUUCAAAACAUUCUCGGUGUUAGUACUUCUUAGUCACCAUCUAAGUUUUUUUUAUUUCUUUUUUUAAGCGUUAUCCUAUUGCUUGAGCAGAAAUUGGAUAGCGAGAUGGUUAAUCCAAUGAUACAAAACCAGUUGAAAGCUCGUACUUCACGUUUCCUGUCAAAAGGAGCGAUAAUUCCGACACCCAAUUUCUUCAUUCCCCUUUCAAAGGGCACCAUUCCUCAUUUGACACCAGAGAAUGCUGAACACUCGUCAAUCCCAGGCGUUUUCUUCGGCUUGGAGGAAUGCCUUGACGAGUUGGCUAAUUCAGCGAUUGCGAAGGGAAAAUCACGUCUUGAGGACUGGAUAGCUAUUUCAGCCUCUGUAUCAACAAUUCUUUCUCCUAGACGUUUUCGUCCUCUAAAAAGUGUUUCCGCUAGCGAUUCUGAUAUUAGCAUUGUAACUUCUGGAGGCGUAAAGAAACUUACAAGUGAAUUAUAUAAUUCGCUUGUUACUAAGUUGCAGCCAGAUGCAGUUAUUACUUUAAAUGACAAUCCUACUAGCAAACCAGGAGUUAAAAGACGACCAAAAAUGAUUUCUCGGAAUCUCAAUUGGGCGAAGGAAUUUUUACAUAAGCAGUUGGAGCAAGAAAGAGCAAAUGCUCCAGACAUUAUAUUUCCUAUUCCAGACUUACCCAAUACUUACUUAAUCCCCAUGUUUGAUAAGUUAAAAGAGCUUGAUUUUGGACACAUUAAAGCAUUCGCCUUCUUUGGCCAACCUGUUGCCGUACCCACUGAAUUCGAUAGUAUUCCCCGAAUCAGUCUUGCACCUGUUGAGACGCCGCAUGAUAUAUUAGACGCAUUGGAAAAUGGAACGGAUAUAUUCGUCACUGAUCUUGUUACAAAAUGCACCGAUGCAGGAAUUGCACUGGCUUUUAACUUUAAGAAUUCUGAAUCUGAAGUGAAGCUUCAGAUAGGAAUCAACAUGUUUGAUAUUUCGCACGAAACUAACAUGUCUCCAAUUUUAGACGACUGUACCUGUAUAUGUUGUCGCCGGUAUAGCCGCGCUUAUAUUCGUCAUCUAUUGAGUGCACAUGAGCUUGUUGCAUGGGAGCUUUUGCAACUUCAUAACAUUCACGUUUUGAAUUCGUUUAUGUCCGAUAUUCGUGCUUCCAUCAACAAGGGUUCAUUUAGUUCCAACAAAGAACGCUUUCUGAUUCAGUAUGUUAAUACAUAUCCGGAACAACAAGCUCUCGGACCUCGUCGACGUGGUUAUCAGUUGGAUAUGACCGAUUCAUUGCCUCUCUCAAAUCGACCUCCCUGGAAGAAACUGGACGAUGACUCGGCGUCUGCAAAUACCAAAACUGGGUCUAUUGUUGUCACCUCGCAGACACCUCUUAAACUAGAAGCUGAUACCACAAAAGCCGCAGCGGACACGUUUCAGACACGAUCAGCAAAUGAAGAUCAAGUAGUUGGAGAACUUGUUGAUGCUUUUGCCGCUAAAGUGUCAACGACGAAUGACAAAGACAGUGAUUCGGAGCUUGAGGAGGAGCUUCUGGAGGCCCUUGAUGAGCUAGAUGAUACCGCUUAUCGUUCAGAAAGAAUGCAACAAUUGAAAGAAGAAUUUGAACUUGUACAAAGAUGUAAACUUCAAAAUCACAUGAACCUUUUUACUGUCGAAAACGAAAAAGAUGUUAUGGAAAUGACAGUAAAAUCUGAAUGCGUUGUUAUUCAUUUUUUCCACCCAGACUUUAAACGCUGUAAAAUUCUUGAUAACCAUUUGGAAAAAUUGGCCAAGAAGUACUGGGAGACCAAAUUUGUUAGAAUUGAAGCGGCAUCUGCACCAUUCCUUGUAACUAAAUUCUCCCUAAAAGUUCUUCCCGCUUUACUUUGUUUUAAGGAUUCGGUGCUUGUCGAUAAACUUAUUGGAUUUAGCGACCUGGGUAAUACGGACAAUUUUGAUACAGCGGCAAUCGAAUUUCGGUUCAAAAAAUCCGGAGUUAUCAAACGUCUUAAAGGCAACGAGUACUCAUACAACAAUCUUUCAAAAAUUGAACACAUAUCUUCAAGUGAUGAAGAUAGUGACUUUUUUGAGUAGGCAUCUUUUGUAUAUAUAUAAUAGAAUUAUACUAUAAAAUUAUCAAUAUUUAGUUCUUCUGUAAAACGGCA